AUGGAUAAUGAGGAGAACCUGUACUACCCAUUUGCUUUGAAGAUUGAAUGGGAGGUAGCACAUUGGGCCAAGCUUUGUGGGUCAAGCUCUACUGUGUUUACAGACUUGCUAUCUAUUGACAGGGUCAUUGUCACUGGUGAAUCGUUUGAUGUAUAUUACUGUGAUAUCAUCGAAUGUGUUAAGUCAUUAUAUGGGGAUCCUGACUUCACCCAAUAUCUCACAUUUUCCCUGGAGUGGCACUAUGCUGAUGACAACAAGACUGUUCAUUUAUUCCAUGACAUGCAUACCAGCAAAUGGUGGUGGAAAACACAGAAAAAACUUGAUGCACAACAUCCUGGCAGAACUAUAGUUCCAACUAUCAUUUCCUCCAACAAAACACAAACUGUCUACCCCAUGUAUCUUACAAUUGGCAACAUACCAAAGGAACUUCACCACAAGCCUUCACCUGGUAGUCAUGUCCUUCUUGCUUAUCUGCCAACAAGCCACCUUGAACACAUUACAAACAAAGCAUCUCAUCAUCGCACUAUCGCAAAUUUGUACCACACAUGUUUACACCAUGUGCUUGCUCCACUCAUACCUGCUGGAACAGAGGGCAUUUUGAUGCAUAGCAGUGAUGGUGCUCGCUGUCAUUGUCAUCCGAUAUUUGCUAGUUUUGUCAGUGACUACCCAGAACAACUCAUGACUACAGGUGUCAAGUUUGGAGAGUGCCUGAAGUGUGAUGUCGAUGCCAAGGAUACAGGAACAUUUGUUCACACAUGUGCCACUGCUGGCAUCAAACCUAUCAUUCAUCCUUUUUGGGAGGAUCUUCCUUUCACGAAUAUCUUUCGCACUAUCAUGCCAGAUGUCCUGCACCAGCUAUAUCAAGGUUUGAUCAAGCACCUCCUGGCAUGGUUGUCAGCAGCUUGUGGAGGGGCUGAGAUUGAUGCCUACCCUCAGUUAUUAAGACACCAUUGUCGACGGCUCCCUCCUAACCAUCAUAUCCACCUAUUCACUAAAGGCAUCACCUGCCUGUCAUGCAUAAGUGGCACCGAACACGCUCAAAUUUGCCACUUCAUCCUCAGGAUCAUAAUUGACAUUUGCUUGCCCAACAAUCUUAAUGCUGGUCAUUUGCUUCAAGCAGUGCAUGGCCUACUCAACUCCCUAUAUCUCACACAAUACCCUUGUCAUAGCUCAGAGACACUUCACUCACUAGACGAGGCAUUGGAUCAUUUCCAUCCAAACAAAGACAUUUUUAUUCAAUUUGGUAUCCAUAAUAAUUUCAACUUACCAAAGUUGCAUGCAGCAUGUCAUUACCACCUCAUGAUCACAUUGUUCAGUACAACAGACAACUAUAAUACCGAAUACACCGAGCACCUCCACAUUGACUUAGCAAAGGAUGCUUAUUGUGCUACCAACCACAAGGACGAGUUCAUUCAGAUGACGUGCUGGCUCGAACAAAAGGAAAAAAUUCUACAGCACCAGAAAUUUGUUAGUUGGUGUCUUGCAGGUGGUCACCACUUUGAGCCAUACCAUUCACAUCCUCCUGAUAUGACUUUCCAUCAAGAACAAGUGAUGACAAAACAUCCCACUGCAAAGGCUGUCAGCAUUCAAAAAUUGGUUGAAGAUUAUGGCAUGACUCAUUUUCACGAGGCCCUUGCACACUACAUUGUGCACAAAUGUCAAGGUGAUCAUUCAGUGCCACUCCAUGAUCGAGAACUUGAUCAUUUGGUGGGUGACAUUCACUUUCCCUUCCACCAUCUGCCCAUCUGUCACAAGAUCAAAUGGUGCUCUAUUGAUACUGGUGGUUUAACCAAGGGACAUGUUACCUUGGACAGUGUCCACACAAAACCUCAACAAAAGUUGGGCUCUCAGCUCAUUCAUCAGCGCUCUGACACUGUUUUUGUUAGACUUGGCGAAGACUCGGUUACAAAUGAUCUCAAAGGUUUCAGUGUGGGGCAAAUUCGAGUUAUAUUCUCCUUGCCCCCAAAGUCUUUACAAUUGCUCUUCCCACCCACUGUCAACAUUCCUCCUCACCUCACAUAUACUGAAUGGUUCACUCCCUUCCCUUCUGCACCUGACUGA